UCAGGCAUACAGAAGCCUCUGGUGAUACUGCGGUGUUACAGUCCUUCAGUUAAGCCCCUGUAUCAGCAGAAUGGGUGCAGGGGAAAGCCAGAACCUGACUGGAAGACAGGUCCAGCUUGAUGGAGUUCCAGUGGGAGGCAAGUCGGGUGAGCAGGGAGCUUAAGGGAUGGGGUGGCUUCAAGGGCUGCUGAUGCAGUUCUGCACACUGGUGAACAGCGGAACCUGCAGAACAGCGGAACCUUCAGAACAGCGGAACACGAGCAUGUGGAUGACUGACAGGCAGUCAAACCAGGUGGUUCAGAAGCUCACAGCAUCCAGGUGGAUGGUUGCCUGGUUGGAAGCCAAGGUCACGGUGUUCAGCAGCAUUUCUUCAGGGAGCCUUUCCUUCCCCAGAAUAAAUGAUACUUGUACUCCUGAUCUUCAGAGUUGGCUUACCCCAACAUGGCUGGCCAUGCAAACACUAAUAUGAGGAUCAUUCUGGUAGGAAAAACCGGAAAUGGAAAGAGUGCUACAGCAAACACCAUCCUUGGGAGACGCCAGUUUGAGUCUAAGAUUGCUGCCCAUGCUGUCACCAAGACCUGCCAGAGAGCAUCCAGGACAUGGAAGGAGAGAGUCCUUGUUGUGGUCGACACUCCUGGGCUCUUUGACACCAAGGAGGCCAUGUCAACUACAUGUUCAGAAAUCAGCCGCUGUGUCCUCUACUCCUGCCCUGGGCCUCAUGCCAUUAUCCUGGUUCUGAGGCUGGGCCGCUACACUGAGGAAGAGCAGAAAACUGUUGAUUUGAUCAAGGGUAUUUUUGGGGAGGCAGCCAUGAAGUACAUGAUUAUCUUGUUUACUAACAAAGAUGCCCUUGAAGACCAGAGUCUUGACAGCUUUUUAGUUAAAGCAGGAAAAAAGGUGAAUGAUAUCAUCCUGCAGUGUGGGAACCGCUACCUGGCCUUCAAUAACAAAGCAGAUGCAGCUGAGCAAGAAAACCAAGUGCAGCAGCUGGUGGAGCUGAUAGAGAACAUGGUGGACACAAAUGGAGGGUCUUACUUUUCUGACCACAUAUAUCAGGACAUAGAUAAAACACUAAACAAAAAUCAAAGGAUUCUGGUGGAAACUUAUAAUCAAGAAUUCAGUGUUGAACUUGAAAAAAUAGAAAAGGAAUAUGCUAAUAAAUCAGAAAAAGAAAAGAUAGAAAAAAUUGAUUCUGCAAGGAGAAAUUAUGAAGAAAAAGUUAGAAAUAUAAAGGAAGUAACUGAAAAGGAUAUAUUUACAUAUAUUUUCGAAAAGAUAAAAAAAAUACUUUCAAAUAUUUGGGACAAGUUUUGAUGUAAAUUUUAUUCUUUUUUGUUACUGGCAUUUGUUCUUUGACAAUUUGAUACACACAAACAUAUGUGUUCUAAUUUCAUUCAUAUCUUUUUGUUUUGGUAUCUUUUGCUUUAGGAUCCAAAAAAAUUUAGCUAGGUCCAUGUUUGUGACAACAAGUUGAAAGGUUAGACUAACUUUGUAACCCGUAUGUCUUCUAAAGCCUAUAGUUUUGACUUUUAGGUUCAGGUUAAGCUAAAGCCUCUUAGUACCUUUCCAGAGAAUGGAGGAAUGUGACCCUAUCUGUGAGGACAGAUAUAAAAAAAGGCAAGCAAGCAAUGACCUUCACUCAGCAACCAGACCCUUGUCUUUGAGAUAGCAUUUCUGAGCAAUGAACCCAGACUUGUUCUGAGUAGCUUUUGACCUGCAGCCAAAAGUCCACAGCCCCUAAUCUUCAAGGAUGAGCUAACCACCCCCACCUUCAAUUGCAGCUUCAUCCACACUUGGCAGGACUGGCCAAGCUUGAGCACCUAAGACUAACCAAUUAUCUUACUUUAUAGCUUCCUCAUCCAAUCCUAAAUUGCCAAGACUGCAACUUCAAAUCUCCCGCAAUUUUUCUUUUAAAAACCUAAAGGCCUUUGUCUCUGGGUGCCCCUCUUUGCUGACUGGCAGGGGUGACCCCAUUGUGCAAUGGUUAAUAAACCUCUUGCUUUUGCAACGAGUCUUGGUCUAGGGGAGUUUCUGGGAAGGGCGUGAUCUUGAACUCCUGAGCUGUGAGACCCCAGGUCUUAAAAGUUUAGCAUAAUCUAUCAGAGUGUAGUGUGCUCACCAAGAGGAAUACAAUGGCAGACAAUGACUCUACGUUUUACAGCAGUAAUUUUACCAGCUGAGCAGGAUGGACUAGGUUCCCAGGAGCUCCUCCCCUUCCAUCCAUCUCGUGACUAAUUGUUGGCAGGAACAUAGCUACUGUGAGCUCAUGACAGUAAUGACUGUUUCCUGAAUAUUAAAAGAAGUGGUGUAAGUGUCCCCUUUAGGGUUGAGCACUCAGUCAUCACUUAUUCUCAGCACCUUGAGCAGGCAUGAGUCUAUGCAUUCCCUGCUAGUCUCUGCAAAGACGGGCUUUUUUGAUGGAGGGUAAGAAUAGCAUUUGCUGUGGGUAUAAGUAAAUAGUUAGACUGCAGUUUAGUGCCAUGUCAAUUUUAGCUAAACACUAGUGAGUCUCCACUGUGGCCUAUGGCUUCCCCAGCACUGGGUUUUUGAUUAGGGUUACAGUACCACACAUGAGUUCCCUCCUAUGAAAUAGGGCCUUAAAUCCAAUCAGAAAGCCUUUGGUUAUGCCCGUAAUAGUCACUGUACAAGUGGGCCCACUUGCCUGGUAGGUUGGCACAGGUUGGCAUUGUAGCUUAUAGGUUUGUACAUAAUUAAGGAUAUUGAUGAUUUUUUUUUCUUCCCCAUCAACCUACAUAGCAAUUUUCAGCAACAUGAAAGCUAGCCAGUGGGGAGGAAGCUUCCUGUUCAGUUCCAGUCUAAUUUCUUCAUAUCUCACAAACAUAGUAUAAGAUUCUUUAGCAAUAAGGUCUUAUCAUCAAGUUCUGUGGGUUCUUUUUAAUUUGCCAUAAUUUGUUAAUGUAGUACAUUGAAUUUUCUAAGGGUGGUUAUAGCAGUAUCUUAGAUUUCCUGAUUGAUUAAGGCAUAAUUGAUAAAUAAAACUUUUUACUUUGAAUGUG